CGCAGGGGCAGCAUGCUUCACGAGCACGCUGAGUAGUAGUAGCAGUGGCAGAGCAGGGCGUGGUGCUCCCUCGGUGAGGAUGGCUGAUGGUAAUGAAUGCGGGGAAACGGAAACAGGGCCUCAGCUGCUGCGCAAACUUGAUAUAACCUUGCCUGACUCUUCAUGGGCGCCUAUGGUGCAGAUUGAUGUGCACCCUCAUGAGCCAUGGGUUCUAUGCACACGUACCGGUUGUUCCCUACUCCAAGUCUGGAACUACGAAGAUGGGACACAGGUCGCCUCCGGGGAAGUUCAGGAGAGAGUUGGCGAAGCAAAAUUUCUGAUGCAGAGAGACUGGUUUGUGGUGCAGGAUUACUCUCGCAGACGCUUUGACAUCUAUGAAAUGAAAUCUUCAAACUGGCAACACGUAACACGCGUAGAGCAAUCACCGGAUUCUGCAAGUGUGUAUGGAUCCAUGGCUGUCCACGAGAGCUUACCCUACAUACUGACCUCUAACGGCUCAGCUGUCAUUUUACUACACUGGCGCCAGAAUUGGGAGGAGAUUCAACUCGGACAUCAUUGCGAAGGGGUGACUGCAGUGGCAUUUCAUCCAAUAGAGUCGGGUAUCUUUGCAAGCUCAGGAUACGAUUACACUAUCAAGAUAUGGGAUGUGGACAGCAUGUCCAUCAUUCGGACGUUCUACACUGAACGUCGAUCUAUUGUGAAAAGUAUCAAAUUCUGUGGCCGAUUCUCGAAAAGGUCUCUGAUGAUUGCAGCACACUGUGCAAAUUCCACAACUCCAGGCGUAGCAAGGGUCUUCGAUUUUAGAAGAGGAGUUUGCCUUGCCGAACUGACGGGGCAUUCAGCGGGUUUCACGUCAGCCUUUCUGCAUCCACGAUUGCCUUACCUUUUUAGCGCAUCAGGAGAUGGGGAGAUUAGAGUAUGGAGUGAGCUGGACUAUCAUCUGGUGGCAUCGUAUAUCUGCGAAUCCACUUUUCUUACAGGCAUUGCUCUCUGCAAAAACUCGGAUCUGCUCAUUGUUGGUGGUUUGGAAACGUUCUCUGUGAUGGAGGUAAAGGGAGGAAGAAAAACAUGGGUGUCGGAGACGAGGAUGGAGGAGCGGGAAAAGGAAGCAGCCCAUGCCAAGCUGGACCUCGAGACAAAAAUCAGAAAUGUUGUAGUGGGAAUGGAACUCAAGCGUCAGAGCGAAAUUAUUGACGACUUGAGAGCUCAGCAUAAGGAGGAGGAGAGAACUCAAGCAGAGAGGGUGGUGAAGCUGGAGUUGGCGGUGAGCGGUUUGAAGGCAGCGGUACAGAGCCUGGAGGCAGAAGGAACGAGCGUAAAGGAUGAGAGGGCUGCACUUCUAGAGAAGCUUGAGAGGUCCGAGCUCGAGCUCAAGACAAAAAUCAGAGGUGUUGUAAGCAAAAUGAAACUGAAGUGCAGGAGUGAAAUUAUCGAUGACUUGAGAACCCAGCAUCAGGAGGAGAUGAGAGCCCAAGCAGAGAGGGUGCUGGCGCUGGAGUUGGUAGUGAACGGUUUGAAGGCAGUGGUGCAGACCCUGGAGGCGGAAGGAACGAGGAUGAAGGACGAAAGGGCCGCACUUCUCGGCAAGCUUGAGAUGUCAAAGCUACAGUGCGAGAAAGUGAUCGAGGAGUUCAGAGCCAAUCAUCAGCCAAAUGAGAAGGCCCAAAAGGAGAGGCAGCAGCCCCAGGGCCUGGGGACGGAGGCGGACAAGUCUGAAACAGGAGCUGAAGAGCUAAAGACUGUUGUGGAGAAGAAGCUUGAAAUGACAAUGCUGAGGGUUGAGCAGCUGGAGUGUGAGAGAGCUGAACUGCUUAAGGGACUAGAUAAAUCUGACAAAAGGAUCGAGAACCUGGAGAGCAAGAUGGAGCUUGCUGUAGAAAAGCUUGAAAGAUCGGUGCUGAGGAGUGAAAACCUCGAGUGCGAGAGAGCCGAACUCCUCGAGAAAUUAGAGAAAUCUGACAAAAGGAUCGAGAAACUGGCGCAAAGGUUUGCCGAAGAGCUUUCUCUGCAAGAGCCGCUUCGAGAAUAUUCGUUGAGAGAGGUCCAGGGUGCAACGAACAACUUCGAUCCAGAGAACAAGCGCGGCAUAGGCAGCCGUGAGGGAUCGUGUCUUUACAGAGGGAAACUAUGUGAUGGUACACUCGUUUUGGUAAAGAAAUCGGGGACCUUGUCAUGUAUGCAGGAGAUGCACCCUGCCAAGUUUAAGACAGAGGUGGUGGAUAUUUUGCUCACACUACAGCACCCCCAUUUAUUAACGCUCUUGGGAGUGUGCUACGAAGGAGGCUGUCUCGUGUUCGAGCACACGCCGAACGGAAGCGUGAAGGAAUGGAUUGGCAAUGUGGAGAAUCCCAGAACAGGAUUGCUGCCCUCGCACGUUCGCUUUCGAAUAAUGGUGGAGGUUGCCAGAGCGGUCCACUUCCUUCAUUCGAGUCGAUUGGCGAACGGUGGUCCCAUCAUCCUCCGUGCCAUCAAGCCAGAAAACAUUUUUGUGGAUGGCAACUUUGUGGCCAAGAUCGGUGAUGUCGAUCAGGCGCUGCUCGUCCCAGAAAAACGGGUCACACAAAAGUCAACAAAAGGAUCCGAGGACGAGGGCUCAAAUUCCACAUUCCUGUUCCUACAAGCCAAUGCCCAGUAUGUGGCCCCAGAAUUGUGGCAGUCGCGGGUGUUCGACGAGAAGACUGAUGUGUAUGCGCUUGGUGUCACCAUUUUGGAGAUGCUGACUGGAAAGUUUGGGAGCGCAAUCGGUGUAAUCCAAGGCGCUAUGGAGGAGGAGGAGGAUGCAGCGGCUUUUGAAACAGCCUUGGACCACAGUGCAGGGGCUUGGGAUGUUGAGCUGGCAAAGGAAGUGGCGAAGUUGGGGUUAAGGUGUGUCAGUCUAGAUAGACGCAAUCGGCCUAACAUGAUGGAAGAAGGUGUAGGAAUUCUUCCUGUGCUGGAGGGAGUUGCGCUCAAGGUAGUCGUCGCAGAGGCAGCAGAGGUGAACGAGAAACUUUGAGGUGUGAAUGUACUUUGGAAGUUGGGAGAUAAUUGAGUGUUGCGAUGAUGCGAUCAUGAAGAACGAUGAGGUGGAUAAAGUCUUUUAGGUGAA